AAUAUAUACUGUUGCAUAAACGUUGACAGCCGCGUGAGAUCUUCUGUGGUGUCACGAGCGUGACCAAUCAAGCCGAUGAAUAUUUAAAUGAGAUUUCGUCCUCUUGUUCGACUAGGCUUCAGCUGUGCUAGCAGAAUGAGUGGAGAUCGUACUACCAGUAGUGCUGUGAAGCCCAGCAAUGUAGCCACCCAGUACCAGGAGCAGCUGUUUGACAGUGCCGCCAAGGGCAAUGUAGAUCAUGUCCUCACACUGCUUAAAGGUAAUGCUGCAGCUGUGGAUGUUGAUGCCAAGAAUGAACGUGGGUGGACAGCGCUGAUGUUUGCUGCCAGGAAUGGCCAGGUGUCUGUUAUCAAGUCUUUGUUGGAGCAAGGGUCUAGUGUGAAUGUCCUCAACUCAUCUGGUCAAACAGCUCUAGAUAUCGCCAACUUCUGGAAUCACAGUGAGGCAUCUAGUGCCCUCUCCGCCAGCACAGUUGUCCCCACCCAGGAAUGUCACAACUACUAUUCUGUCAACCCACUUAACCGGGCCUCUGACCGUAGGAAGCACCCAGAGUGGAUCGACCAAGCUGUUCGGAAGGACAACACAAAGUUCAUCAUUUUCUCAGAUCUGAAUCCAUUCCUAAAAGAAGACACAAAUGUCAAGUCAAAGAAGAAUAAAUAUAUUCUAGGUCUGUUCAGUUACAAGCAGCUUGCUGAACAUAUAGCAAAGAAACCUCUGCUGAUAUUCCUGGGGCUAGAGACAUGGGACUCUGAGUCAGCUGUGUGGUUUGCUGUUGAUGUCACAGGUUUUGAGGAGAGCAAACUGAAGGAUGUACACAAAGAUGGUUUCUUUGCAAAUCCAUUCCCAUUGACUAUGCAGAUGGAUGAGAGACAUGCUGGAAUAUUUGCUGAAGCUCGCUCUAUACUGACCUGGCAUGAUCGGUACUCAUUCUGUGCGACAUGUGGCAGCUCCAGUGUGCGCGAGGCGGGCUACAAGAGGGUAUGUGACAACGCUGACUGCCGCAGUCACAAGGGGAUCCACAACACCUGCUAUCCACGAGUUGAUCCAUCGCUCAUCAUGUUGGUUGUUUCCCCUGACGGCAGUCGAUGUCUGCUGGGCAGAAAGAAAACCUUCCCUCCCAAGAUGUUCUCCUGCCUUGCUGGCUUCAUGGAACCAGGUGAAUGUAUCGAGGACACCUGUAGGAGAGAGGUGGAGGAAGAGAGUGGGAUACAAGUAGGCCGUGUGGAGUAUCACUCUAGUCAGCCAUGGCCCUUCCCGGCUGUUCUCAUGCUGGGAUGCAUUACCCAUGCCAAGACAGAAACCAUCAAGCUUGAUAAUGAUGAUGAGCUAGAGGCUGCCCGUUGGUUCACACGGCCAGAGGUUGUCCAGAUGAUAACCCAUCAGCACCCAGAUGGUCUCUUUGUUCCACCAAAACAGGCUAUAGCCCACCAGCUCAUCAGGACAUGGGUCGGGAAGACAAGCAACCUGUAGCAACUACCUGAGGGAGGAGCGAGAGAUGGAUUGUAUGACCAGGGUAUCUGGGAAUGUCUUGACAAUCAUCUACUAAAUCACACAACAGUUAUGAAAAAUCAUGUGUGCUUUAACUAUUAAUUAUAUUUUAGUCCCACUGUUACAGAAUUCUUUCAUUUUAUUGAAGAAUUUUAAUACCUUAUUACCAUGUUUGUUUAUGUAAUGGGAUCUCAGGGUCCUCCUGGAACUCCUAUCUGUGAUAUAGACAAAUAUACAUAAAAACUAUAUACAUAAAAACUAUAUAUUCAAGUAAUAAAACAUGGAACAUGUA